AAUGGUGUGUGAAAAAUGUGAAGCAAAACUUGCUAAAAUCGCAACUCCAGACCCGUGGAAGACUGGUCCGGCUCGUAAAAUAAACGAAAACAAGGCCUUGUCUUCAGCAAAAGACAGAUAUAAUCCCAUAGGAAAAACCUUACCUCCCUGCAGAAUAUGCCGCCAAAAAGUACACCAAGCUGGAUCUCAUUACUGCCAAGCAUGCGCCUACAAAAAAGCCAUUUGUGCAAUGUGUGGAAAAAAACUAAUGAAUACGAAAAACUAUAAACAAAGCUCGACGUGA